AUGUCUGGCCCGGACUCUGCUGCCUCGCCCGCCAAGGGCCGGGGAGACCGGAGCAUCUUCAAAGUCCUUGGCGCCCCCACCGAGGAUAGCCCCUUUCACGCGAGCCGCGAUGCGGAGUUUGCCGCGUCUGCUGGCAUGUCCCCCGCGACAGACUCCAAGGACUCCCCGCAGAUGGCUGCCGCUGGCAGCGGCGGCGGCGGCGGCGGCGGCGGCGGCAGCGGCACCGGGCCCAAGCGCACGAGCUUCUCCUCGUCCUCGGUGUCCUCAUCGCUGACGGCCUCGCCGCUGUCGGCCGGGUCCCCUUCGUCCACCUCCUCUCCGACCAGCUGGCUGAGCUUCCCCUCACUGCACUCUUCCGGCCCAGGGCGUUCGCCGCUUCUGGCCAACAUCCGGCCCGGGGGCAACCCCUCAAACCCCACCGGGGCCGGGGGGGACAAGGGCGCCGCGGGUGGCGCUCCGGCCGAGGCGGCCGAGCCCCAAGAUCCCUUCGACUUGCCGGACUUCUCCCCGCGGAUCUACAUCAACCGGGUUUUCCCGAACGAGGAGGCACUCAGCAACAAGGUGGACAAGGUCUUGACUGAUCUGCAGUUCCAGGUGAACCGCCUGGACUCGGAGAUCCGCGAGGUGGUCCGCAGUCAGACGGACGCCGGCGAGGCGGGCAAGCGCGAGCUCGAGGCCGCCCGGCAGUCCAUCAUUGAGCUCACUCAGCGCAUCGACUCCAUCAAGAAGGCGGCAGCCGCGUCCGACGACCUGGUCGGGGCCAUCACCGGCGACGUGCGUCGCUUCGACUCGGCCCGGCGGAACCUCACCCAGGCGGUCGGAGCCUUGCGGCGCCUGUCCCUCCUGUCGGCCUCGGUGGAGAAGCUCCGCACGGCCACCCAGCGGCGCGACUACCAGGAGGUCACCAGCGUGCUGGCCGGUGUCCGACAGCUGGUGGCAUUGUUCAAGCCGUAUCGUCAUGUGCGAGUGGUGGUCAACUGUGUCGAUGUGGCGGCCAUUGCCCAGAGUGACCUGGGCCGGUACAUCCGCGAUGACCUGAGCCGAGGCUUCAACGAGCAGGGCCAGCCGACUGCCGAUGUGGCCAUGCUCAAGAGCGCUUGCGAUGUGGCGUCGCUCCUGGAUGCCGAUGUCAAGAAGUCCAUCAUUCAGUCGUAUUGUGAGUUGCAGUUGCGCCAUUACAAGCGCGAGUACUUCGGCACGGAAAAUGGCUCGCUUGCCAACGUGUCCCGGCGGUACCUGUGGCUCCGCCGAGCGGUGGCCUCGCGCUCGGCCAACAUCAACAGCAUCUUCCCUGCGGACUGGAACGUCGUCAAGGCCUUUUGCAAGGAGUUCUGCAUCGUCACCCGGCGCGACCUCGAGUCGGUCUUGAAGAUGAUGGACGACCUGGAAGUGACAGCCCUGCUGCAGUCGCUCCAGCGGACCGUCGAGUUUGAAGGGGCUCUCAACCGGCUGUUCAAGUCGGCCGAUGGCGGCGCAGCUGCCAUGGCCGAGGAUCCGUCCGAGGAUGAGGAUCCGGCCACGGAUGGCGAGUCCGGGGCCGAGAUGUCCGACGAUUCGGACGCCGACGCGCCGGAGGGUGGCUCUUCGCCAGCCAAGUCGCGCUCCGCCGGGCGCAAGGACCGCGACGCGGCGACCUCCGCCAAGGAUGACGCCAAUGAGUUCACUGGGCUCAUCUCCCAGUGCUUCGAGCCGUACAUGCAUCUGUACAUCAAGGCGGAGGAGAAGGAGUUCCGCCGGUAUCUGUCCCAAUGCAAGAGCUCGCCCCUGGUGCCGGCCCCCGCGCAGGGAUCCAAUCAGCCGAGCCUGCGUCUGCAGGUUCUGUCCUCAGCCUCCGGACUGUUCUCUCUCUUCAAGAUGUCGCUCAACCGCUGCGUGAAGCUCAGCAACCGGCAGACUUUGCUGAGUCUGGCCAAGUCCUUCGAUUCCUUCCUGGAGGAGUAUGCCCAGUGGCUGCGCGAGGGCGUCCCCGUCCCGGCCAAGGCCACCCAGUCGCGCAUGGCCGUCGCCGGCGUGGGCCCCGUCCAACGCCCCUCGCAGGCCCACCUCAACCCGGCCUCCUUCCGGACUCUGGCAAUGAUCCUCAACACGGCAGACUACUGCCACGAUACCUCGAUCCAACUCGAGAAGCUGCUGAAGAAGUCCAUUCACACGACUCUGAAGGAGAAGAUGUCCUUCUCGGUCCUCAAAAGCAACGUCUUCCAGAAGCUUCUUGCAGCGUGUGAGGCGCAGUUGGUGGAGAACAUGAUUGCCGCCUGCGACCCGGCUUUCGUGGAGAUGACCUCCAUUCGCUGGGACCAGCUCGAGGUGACCGGUGACGAGCAUGCUUAUGUUGGUCACCUCAUCAACAUCCUCAGCGAGCGAGUGCAAAUGGUUCGCCAGCACACCAUGGCUCAGAAGUAUUACCGACGGUUCUUCCACAAGUUUGCCGAAUCCUUCACGGCUCGCUUCCACGACACGAUCUAUCGUUGCCGGCCCAUCAGCGAUGUGGGCGCCGAGCAGAUGCUCGUGGACGUGGCUUCGCUGAAGAUUCGCCUUCGCGAGUUCCCCAACUUCGUGUCUGCUUCGCCCACCUCGGCCUUCUCUUACAGCGACCAGGACUUCGGUUUUGCCAAGGCCGUGACCCAUUCCGGGUCGGACGCUACCAUGAUUAAAAUUCCUACUUCAUACACCAAGAUGCUGAACACCGGCUUCUCCAAGGCCGAGGUCCUGUUGAAGAUGGUCCGCCUGCCGAUCGAGCCGCAUGACGCCUUCGUGGACAACUACUUGAUCCUGUACGCGGACACCGACGUGUCGCGCUUCACACAGAUCGUCGAAAUCAAGGGGCUGUCCACUCGCGCGCGCGAGGUCCAGGCACUGUUGGAUAUCUUCAACCGCCGGCUGCCGGACACGCCGUCCGGCGAGCGAGGCGGCACGGCGCCGGCGGCCGGCGCUGCCACCGGCGCCGGUCUCAGCUCUCGACUGACGGGCAAUCUGCUGCCCACGUCGUUGCUCUCAUCGCUGCCCUCGCUGUCGGUCACGGGCGUCGGUUUGCCGACUUCCCUCUCGCCCACACUCGGCAUCACCUCCACCUUCGGGUCGGGCGCCGGGUCCGGAGCAGCCAGCACUGGCGGUGCUGCUUCUGGUGCUGCCACUUCCGCCACCACUGCUGGCGGCGCCACAAGUACACCGGCUCCACCUCCGGCCUCGGCAUCCGCCUCGUCGUCGGCCUCCUCCGGGUCUGGCGCCUCAGCGCAGGCCGAGUCCGGGGCCAAGGGGCCCGUGCGUCCGGGGUCUGGCACUCCGGCCACACCGGCGGCCACCGGCUCGGGGACUCCCGCCGCCGGCUCGGGUGGCGCCCCGGCCGCCGCCGCCGGAGCCUCGGCUUCCGCUCCUCCAGCCUCUGAGGAGCCGUCGUCCACCACAUCGCGGUACUCGCGGUUCACCUUUGACCGAGACACCUUCGCCCUGCCGGACAUCUCGGCCACCCCUGGUCUGCGCAGUCUCUUUAAGCUCAACGAUCAGAGCGGCGCGGCUGGCGCAUCGGGCUCGGCCGGGGCUCCGCCGUCCGGUUCCUCCGGCUGA